UGCCAUUAGUAGCUUCUCUGUAAUCAGCCACGGAGCGCCUAGUGACUCGGUUUUAAGUUGGCACGGAUUCGGAGAGACGCACUCGUGAUUCGGAAGUUAUCAAGUUACGGCUCUGCGCAUCAAGCUCGUUGAAGCGCAGCGCACGCGGGACGGACGGUGGGGAGGGAGCGCCGUGCUGCGCAAGGGGUGGCGAGGAGGAAAUACCGCGCUGCGGGAGAGGCGAGGAGCGGGCGCCUGUAUUCGGUGGAGAGCGUAUAGAGAAACCGGGGACGGGUUCUACCUCACUCCUGCGUGUGCCGAUUCGACGGGAGGAGGCAACUGAUUGGCGAGGAUGUUGACUGUGGACCCCGACAAGCUGCCGCGCUGGCUGAGACUCACGGCUGUCCUGCUGGGCGUGCUGGUGCCGGGAUCGGGCUGUGCCAACAUCCUCGUGGUGCCGGUGGAUGGGAGCCACUGGAUCAACAUGAAGGUGCUGCUGGAGGAGCUCCGUGCCCGCGGGCACUCCCUCAGUGUCCUGCACACCUCCACCAGCCAUUACAUCAAGGAGGACCCCUCCCUCUACCGCUCCUUCAUCGUGCCGAUGGACGGGAAACUGGGCAUCGUCGAGGACAGGCAGAUGGUCUCCAACCUGGUGGUGGAGACGCUGGAGACUUUCCGGAAUGGCUACACCCCGAUGGCCUUCCUGCGCAACAACCUCAACAUGCGGCGGAUUGUCUACGAGACGCACCAGUGCACGCAGCGGUUCAUCGUCCAGCUGUUCGAGGACAGGCGGCUGAUGGGGGAGCUGGAAGGGGCCGGCUUUCAUCUCCUGCUGACCGAUCCCCUGUACCCCACCGGAUCCAUGCUGGCCCGGCACCUGAAGCUGCUGCUGGUCCACAACGCCCGCUGGCUCACCAACGGGGACUGCCACCACCUGCUGGCCCCCUCCCCGCCCUCCUACGUGCCGGUGGUGGGGAGCUGGCUGACCGACACCAUGUCCUUCUCCCAGCGCCUCUCCAACACCAUCCAGCACUUCAUGACCAUCAUCCUGGUGGCCUCCAUGGUGGAGGGCAACUACCAGGAGCUGUGCCGGCGCUACCUGGGUCCCGGGACCGGGCUGCGGGAGGUGAUACUGGCUGCCGACUUGUGGCUGAUAAGGGUGGACUUUGUGCUGGAGUUCCCCCGGCCCACCAUCCCCAGCAUGGUGUACAUGGGGGGCUUCCAGUGCCGGCCGGCCAGCCCCCUCGACCCUGAGCUGGAGGCCUUCGUGCAGGGCUCAGGGGAGCACGGGGUGGUGCUGUUGUCACUGGGGACGCUGGUCACCACCCUGCCCGACUGGAUGGCGGAGACCAUCGCCGUGAGCUUGAGCAGGCUGCCCCAGAGGGUGGUCUGGCGCCACGUGGGGCCAGUACCCAAGGGGGUGGGCAACAAUACCCUGGUGAUGGGGUGGAUACCCCAGAACGACCUGCUGGGGCACCCUAAGGUGGUGGCCUUCAUCUCCCAUGGGGGCACCAAUGGCCUGUACGAGGCCAUCUACCACGGGGUGCCGGUGGUGGGCCUGCCCCUCAUCUUCGACCAGUUCGACAACCUGGUCCGGCUGGAGGCCCGGGGGGCAGCCAAGGUGCUGGACACGACCACCCUGCGGGCCGGGCAGCUGGAGGAGGCCGUGCGGGAGGUGACCAGCACCCCCGGCUACCGCCGCAGCAUGCACCGGCUGUCCGCCCUGCACCGCGACCAGCCCCAGCACCCCCUGCAGCGGGCCAUCUACUGGCUGGAGUUCGUGCUACAGCAUGGGGGGGCCCCCCACCUCAGGCCGGCCAGCUUUGACCUGCCCUGGUACAUCUACCACGGGCUGGAUGUGAUGGCGUUCCUGGGCGCGCUGGCCUCCACCGCAGCUCUGCUGGGGCUGCUGCUUCUCAGGUGUGUCUACCAGGCCCUGAGGGGGAGGAAGGAGAAAAAUGACUAAGAUGGGGGGGGGGGGGGGGGAAAAAGAGGAUGGAUGGGGCGUGGGGUGGGGAUGUUGAACGUCAAUCGGUGCAGCAUAAGAUUGCAGCUGGAAAAUUUGGAAUAUUGCGCACAGUUCUGGUCACCUAACUAUAGGAAGGAUGUCAGUCAGAUUGAAAGAGUGCAGAGGAGAUUUACUAGAAUGUUGCCGGAUCUUCAGGAGUUGAGUUACAGGGAAAGAUUGAACAGGUUAGGACUUUGUUCCUUGGAGCGUAGAAGAAUGAGGGGAGAUUUGAUAGAGGUUUACAAAAUUAUGAGGGGUAUAGACAGAGUAAAUGCGAGUCGGCUCCUUUCACUGAGAUUAGGAGAGAUAAGUACGAGAGGACAUGGCUUUAGGGUGAAAGGUUUAGGGGGAACUUCCUCACUCAGAGAGUGGUGGGAGUGUGGAACGGGCUGCCAUCUGACAUGGUAAAUGUGGGCUCACUCUUAUGUUUUAAGAAUAAAUUGGAUGGAUACAUGGACGGGAGAGGUCUGGAGGGUUAUGGACUGAGUGCAGGGCAAUGGGACUAGCGGAAUAAAGUUUCGGCACAGACUAGAAGGGCCGAAUGGCCUGUUUUCUGUGCUGUAGUGUUCUAUGGUUCUAAAAGAUUUACAAGGAUUUGAGGGACUGAGUCAUGGGGAGAGGUUGGACAGGCUGGGACUUUAUUCCUUAGAGUGUAGGAGACUGAGGGGUGAUCUUAUAGAGGUUUAGAAAAUCAUGAGGGGCAUCGAUAAGGUGAAUGUGCACCCAGUUUUUAUCCCCCCAGGGUUGGAGAAUCAAGAACUUGAGGGCAUAGGUUUGGGGUGGGGGGAGAUUUAAUCAGAAGCUGAGGGGCAAUUUCUUCACGCAGAGGGUGGUCCGUAUAUGGAACGAGCUGCCAGAGGAAGAAGCUGAGGCAGCUACAUCAACAUUCAAAAGAGAAUGUUGACAGCUCCAUGGAUAGGAAAGGUCAAAACGCCGGCAAAUGGGGCACCUUGGGUCGGCAGGGGCCAGUUGGGCCAAAGGGCCCAUUGCUGUGCUGUGUGACUCUAAUGACACGGGGACCGGCCCUCAGCUCAACGCAUUUGUACCAAAUCUCUCCUGCACUGUAGGUGAUCCAUAUCCCUCCAUACCUAUUGCGUCGACUUGCCCCCACCACCCCUGGCAGCCCGUUCCAGGCACCCCACCGCUCCGAGUCAUACAGCGCAGAAACUGCCCCAAACACGUCCACGUCCUUCCCCCCACCCCACCCCCCACAGAAGCUGCUCGACCCUCCGAGUUCCUCCAGCAGAUUGUGUGGCUCCUAUACAUCUUCACUCCCGUACUCAAACCCUCUUCCAACGCACGCCAACGCGCCAUUUGCCUUUUUAACUGCUUGCUUUCGGAAGACAAGUGUACAAGGACACCCUUGUGCAUCAACACUAGCCAACAUCUCACUUAAACGGAUGUGGGUAACUUCACAUUUGUUUCCCUUAAACGGCAUCUGCUGCGGCGUGACCCACCCACUCAACGUGUCCAAGUCACCUGUGCCGUCCUCCCAACUCAGUCUUGUUUUCUGUCAUCAGCAGACCUCAGAACCUGUCCCAUGUACAGACCACGGGAUCGCUGAGGCCACAAAGCACUGAUCCCUGUGGUACCCUGGUCACACCAAGACGGGCCCAUUUAUUCCCACCCUCUGGAGGUUCCUGGAGCUCUCUUCCCGCAGGGUCACAGGGAGGGGUGUUGGGAGGGUUCCAGAGUGGGACAGGCUGGACUUUGUUGGAUGAAGAGGCAGGUCGCUUGUGUCAGAGCGAUGGUUCCCAUCUCCGAAGGGGAUGAGCAACAUCUUCUCACGGUCACUCCAGGGGAAGUAACCGACCACCUGAACAGGGGUCGAAUUAUUGAGUCACACAGCAGGGAAACAGGACCUUCGGCCCAACUCGUCCAUGCCGACUGUGUUGCCCAGCGAGCUGGUCCAUCUGCCUGUGUUUGGCCCACAGCCCUCUGAACCUCUUCUCUCCAUGUACUUAUCUAGAUGGCUUUUAAAUGUUGUUAAUGUGCCCGCCUCAACCACUGUUUCUGGCAGCUCAUUCCAAAUAUGCACCACCCUUUGUGUGAAGCUGCCCCUGACGUCCCUUUUAAAUCUCUCGCCUCUUGUUUUUAGCUCUCUCCCUCUGGGAAAAAGACUGUGUGCUUUCACCCUGUCUAUGCCCCUCAUGAUCUCAUACAGCUGUCAGGUCACCCCUCAAUCUCCUACGUUCCAGGGAAUAAGGUCCUAGUCUAUGCAACCUCUCCUCGUAACUCAGGGCCUCAAGUCCAGGCAACAUCCUGGUAUAUAUCUUCUGCUCUCUUUCCAGUUUAAUAGCACCUUUCCUAGAACAGGGCAACCAAAACGGUUCACAGUCCUCCAAGUGCGGCCUCACCAACGUCUUAUAUAACAUAACUUCCCGACUCCUGUACUCAGUGCCCUGACUGAUGAAGGCCAGCGUGCUGAACCCCUUCACCAUCACCUUGUCUACCUGUGACGCUGCUUUCAGUGAAUUAGGCACUUGCCCUCCAAGGUCUUGCUGUUCCACAACACUCGUCAGGGACCUCACAUUCAUUGUACAAGUCCUACCCUGGUUUGAUCUCCCAAAAUUUAUCUGGAUUGAAAGCCAUUUGCCAAUCCUCAGCCCACAUAAUCAAGAUCCCCCUGUAAUUGUUCAUAACCUUCUACACCACCUACAGCACCACCUAUUUUAGCAUCACCUGCAAACCUACUAACCGUGCCUUGUACGUUCAUAUCCAAAUCGUAUAAAUUACAAACAAGGGCCCCAGCGGCACACCACUAGACACAGGCCUCCAGUCCGAGAAACAACCCUCGACCAUCACCCUCUGCUUCCCACCACUGAGCCAGUUAGGUAUCCAGUCGGCUGCCUCCCCCUGGAUCCCAUGUGAUCUAACCUUCCAGACCAGCCUUCCAUGAGGGACCUUGUCAAAGUCCAUGUGGACAACAUCCGCUGCCCUACCCUCUUGGCUACUUCCUCGAAGAACUCCAAGACAUUUUUCAGACAUGACUGCCCACGCAUCAGCUGUCACUCGACGGCACCUCCCAAACCCGUCUCCUCUCUCCCACCAAGGCAGGGUGGGGGGAAAACACCCGACUUGGAAGUACAUGGUUGGAUACAAGUUUUUGAUGUAAUUCAAUGCCCCAAAUGGGUGUGCCUUGAGCACCAGUUCUUGAAUUUUCAUUAGUUUCUAUUUUAGGAGCUUCACUCCCUUUUGCACUUACCAAAUUAAGUAAACAUACGACUAACCCAAUAGUUAAACAUACAAUAUGAAUAUGGUUUCAAUUUCGUAAAUCUUUUGGAUUGAAUAAAUUUGUCAAGUCCCAUUCAAUCUAAUUUUUUCUUUCAUCCUUCCAGAGUUAACUCAGCUUUUUCCAUACGGAAAAGGAAGGGGGUAGUAUGUUUUCGGGAUCUAUUCAUUGAUAACUGUUUUUCAUCUUUUGAACAAUUGUGUAAUGAAUAUAAUUUGUCCAGAUCACACUUUUUCUGAUAUUUGCAGAUUAGAAAUUGUUUAAAAGCUACUAUACCCUCUUUUCCCACACCUUACAAAAUUGAAACUACGGAAAAAAUUUUAGGUCUUAAUCCUUAUCAGAAGGGCUUGAUAGCAAUAAUCUAUGAUUUAAUUAUGAAAAUACGUCUAGAAUCAUUAGACAAAAUUAAGAAUGAAUGGAAAAGCGAACUCCAAACACCUUUACCUACAGAGACUUGGAAGAAAAUUCUUCAUUUAGUUAAUACAUCUUCAAUGUGGGCCAGACACUCGAUACAGUUUAAGGUAGUCCACAGGACCCAUAUGUCCAAAGUUAAAUUAGCUCGUUUUUAUCACCAUAUAAAUCCUACAUGUGACAGAUGUAAAUCGGAUGUGGCUUCUCUGACACAUAUGUUUUGGUCCUGUCCUCUUUUGGAAAAAUAUUGGAAAGAUAUUUUUAACAUUAUCUCAACUGUAUUGAAGAUUGAUUUACAACCUCACCCUAUCACAGCAAUUUUUGGAUUACCAAGGAUAGAGUCUGGCCAUUUAUCUGCCUCCGCUAACCGUAUGAUUGCCUUUGACACAUGAAUGGCCAAAUGAUCCAUUUUGCUUAAAUGGAAGGAUCCAAUACCCCCGACUACUUUUCAAUGGUUCUCUCAAACUAUAGAAUGUUUAAACUUGGAAAAAAUUAGGAGUGAUACUGUUGAUCCUUCCCUUAAAUUUGAAAAUAUUUGGAGUCCAUUUAUUCAAUAUUUUCACAUGAUAUAGAUCCCCUUUCAAUAACUUUCCAACUUGGAGGAACAGAGCCGAUGACAUAAUAUUGCUCUGUUUCUACUGAGAAAUUUUAGCCCAGUUUUUUUUUCUUUUUUUUGUUGUUUGUUUUUUUAAAAAAUUUUUUUUUGUUUAGUUUAGUUUAUAUUGUUUACAAUUUUUCUUAUUGAUUUGGGUUUUCUUUAACAUUUAUAUAACAAAUCUUUUUCUAUCCUUUCUUGUAUUAUAUUCAUUUACUAAGAGAUCGUGGGAGCUACAAAUUUUUUUAUAUUUUACUGUUCUUUAUGACUAUCCAUGCCAUGAUUGUUCCCCUGAUCUGUGUGUAUUACGUGCACAAAAAUUGAUGCUGUAUAUUAAUCUGUAUUAAUUUGAAAACUAAUAAAAAGAUUUAAAAAGAAAGGAAGUACACAGCUGUUCCUUCCAGAGAUGGGACAGUCCCCGUUCCUUCAUCGUCGCCCAGUCCAAAUCCUGGAACUCCCUCCCACGGCACCAUGGGAGCACCUUCCCCCCAUGGACUGCAGCGGUUCAGGGAGGUGGCUCGUCUUCCACCUUCUCCAGGGGCGUUUUAAGGGCAAUAGAUGCCCGUCUCCCCAGCCCAAUGGAAGGAAAUCUAGCCAAGUCACAGCCUUGACAGCUUCUACAUUGAUUCAGCCCACCCAGGGUUUGCCUUAGGCUCCAGACCUUGUUUUCUCUCCAUUAGUUGCUCUCAGAUUCACAAUAAAGCAUCGCAACGUCACCGCAUUGUGUGAUUUCCCCAGAUGAAUUCCGCUGCACUUGGGAACCAGCAACUGGGGGCUGUGGAGACAGAGGGGUCCUGCAGAUGGGAGUGGCUAAGAGAUGGAGAAAGGACGGGGGAGGUGGGGGAAGGCAGGGAAGGAGAAGGGGGGUGUGAAGGUUGGUGCUGCGGGAGCGCUGCGCUGCGGAAGGUACAGCGAUUAGUUAGUUUAGCUUAUUGUCCCAUACACCAGGGUGCAAUGAAAUUCCUUGCUUAUUGUGGGCGUGCUACGUUGGCACUGGAAGCGUGGCGACACUUGUGGGCUGCCCCCAGAACUCUCUGUGCAAAAGAUGCAUUUCACUGUGUGUUUCGAUGUACACGUGACUAAUAAAGAAAUCUGAUCUAAGCUCACAUGGUAAUAGUACUUGGGGGAUCAAGAACUAGAGAGCAUAGGUUUAAAGGUGAGAGAGGAAAGAUUUAAUAGGAACCUGAGGGGAACUUUUUUGUGGUCUGAAUACGGAGCGAUCUGCCAGUGGAAGUGGUUGGGGCAGGUAUAUUGACAACACCUAAAAGGCACUUGGACAGGCAGGUGGAUAGGAAAGGUUGAGGAGCGGUAGGGGCCAAACAUGGGCAGAUGGGGACACAAGAGAGACGGCCAAUGCUGGAAAUCUGGAGCAAUGCACACGAGACGCUGGAGGAACUCAGCAGGUCGGGCAGCAUCGAUGGAAGGAAAUGGACAGUCGACGUUUCGGGCUGAGACCCUUCAUCGGGACUGGAAAGGAAGAGGGGAGAAGCCAGAAUGAAUGGGUGGGGAGGAGGGGGAAGAGCAGGAGAUAGGUGAAAGUACUUUUGAUGGGCACUUGGUUGGCAUGGACCAGUUGGGCUGAAGAACCAGUUUCUGUGCUGUACGACGAUGAAACAAUACAUACAGCAACAAGUGACAAAGGGAAUACUGCCAACACUGUUGUGCAGACUGAGGUCAUACAAAAAGAAAUGUUGAAGUGACAAUAACUGAAGAGGUAGAAUUAAGGGUUCCAGAACAUGGCAGCGCCACCGGGAAGGGGAUGGGAAAGAGGUGGUUGGUUCAGGAGUCUAACAGCGGUGGGGAAGAAGCUGUUCUUGAGUCUGGGUGUCCAGGCUUUCGAGCUCCUGUAUCUCCGUCCAGAAGGUAGGAGAGAGAAAAGGGAGGGUCUCCAAAAAGGCAGUGGACACCAUUUGCUGCCUCUCCAGGGACACCCGGGCACAGACGUCUCCUCGGAAGAGGAGCAGGCAGUCGGAUCAGACUGACACCCUGAAAGCCCACCAUCUGGACCCAUGAAUGGCUACCCUGUCUAACCACUGCUGUCCUACUGAGUCCUCUCUAACACCAGCUUCUCCCUCAAGUCCUUCUCCUGGGCUUCAUCCCACAACAGCAUCAAGGAACUGACAGAUAGAGCUGUCAGCCAAAUCCUCCCUGCUCUGGGAGUGUGUGAUGGGACGGUGUGGAGGGAGCUUCACCCUGUGUCUGACCCUGGGAAUGUGUGAUGGGACGGUGCGGAGGGAGCUUGACCCUGUGUCUGACCCCGGGAGUGUGUGAUGGGACGG